UCUCUUUCUUUGAGUUUGCAUUAUAAUAACCUUCAUCAUCUUCUUCUUCUUCUUCUAUUCACUAUUUUCUUUAUUGGUGCAGCAAGGGGAAAAACCUUUUCUAUUCUUUGAUUUCAAAUUUCAAAUAAUUGAUAAAUCAUAUUCAAGAAAGUAAUUUCUAAUUCGAUUUUCCAUAUCCAAAGAGACUUUCAGAUGGGAAGUGAACAAAAUGGGAAAGUUCCCAAUGUCAAUGAGCCUACUGCUAGAAUUGAUGAUGAAAAUACCUUGAACCAAAGUGGUUCUAUGACACAAGGUUCUGGUCGUGCCUUGAAUGUAAAUAGUGAAGACAAUGGCAAACUGAAUGAGGUUGUUAUGAACCUACAUAAUGUACCAUAUAUUUAUAGACAAGAUAUUGUGAGGCGUAAAAAGACUGGGACAAUUGGAAUAGUGAAUGAAGUUGCCGGUGACUCGGAUUCUGAUAGCAGCAUUACUGAUGAUGAGGAAGAUGAAGAUGAAGACGAGGGAGAUGAGGUUGAUGAUGAAAAUCAAGAAGGUGAUACUGAUGGGAAUGCCAAUGCUAACAGGAGCAGUGACAAGAGCAAAGGUAGUGGUAACUAUAAGAAUGAAACCCUUCAGGCUGACCAGGUCCGAGUACUUUGGAUGGAUGACACAGAACCAAUCCAACAUGUUAAUGAUAUAAAAGUUGUUGAUAGGGUAUUCUUACAUGGGGAUUUUGUUGCUUCAGCUUCAGAUCCAACUGGGCAAGUGGGUGUUGUGCUAGAUGUCAAUAUAUCUGUUGAUUUGUUAGUUCCUGAUGGAUCUAUUAUAAAAGAUGUGUCAUCCAGAGAGUUGAAGCGAGUGAGGGAGUUUGCUAUUGGUGAUUAUGUGGUCCUUGGUCCAUGGUUGGGUAGGGUUGAUGAUGUUUUAGACAAUGUGACUGUGCUAAUUGAUGAUGGUUCUGUGUGUAAAGUAACUGGGGCUGAGCCACUGCGUCUCAAACCAAUAUCCAAGAGUAACUUUGAUGAAGACGAACAUAUUCCUUACUAUCCAGGGCAGCGGGUAAGGGCAAGCUCAUCAUCAGUUUUUAAGAAUUCUCGGUUCCAAAUAGGUUUGUGGAAAGCUAAUCGGUUGGAAGGUACUGUUACUAAAGUAACAGCUGGAUCAGUAUUCAUCUAUUGGAUAGCAUCUGCUGGCCAUGGGCCUGAUUCUUCAACAGCCCCUGCUGAAGAGCAGAGUCCGAAAAACUUAAAACUGCUGUCUUGUUUUGCACAUGCAAAUUGGCAAGUAGGUGAUUGGUGUCUUCUCCCACCUGCUAUAAGGCAAUCAUCCUCAAUCACCUUGGACAAAGAUCUGUCAAAGUUAGAGCUUCGUGAUUCAAUCAAACGUGAAUUAAAUGCUAGCCAGCUGGAAAAUGGAUGUGAUUCAGAAGAAGUUGCACUAGAAGAAUCAGAUGGAAAUAAUGAAACCAUGGAUAUUGAUCCAGUGGUUGCUUCUGAUGGAAUUAAUGGAAAUAUUGAAAGUAAUGUUUCAUCUGAAUCUAGCUCGUGUGGUAGUUCAACAUCAGUUUCAAAGGAUCCUGUCCAUGAAACUUGGCCUCUUCACCGCAAAAAGAUACGCAAAGUUGUAAUUAGGAGAGAAAAGAAGGCUCGAAAGAAAGAGGAAAACUUUGAAAGAGCCCUUCUAAUUGUCAAUACCAGGACAAGGGUUGAUGUGGCAUGGCAGGAUGGAACGAUAGAACGUGGACUGGAAUCGACAAUGUUGAUCCCAAUUGAUAGUCCCGGUGAUCAUGAAUUUACUUCUGAACAGUAUGUGGUGGAGAAGUCCUCUGAUGAUAUCGAUAAUGCUUCUGAAGCUAGACGUGUUGGAGUUGUGAAAAGUGUUAAUGCAAAAGAGCGAACAGCAUGUGUAAGGUGGUUAAAGCAAGUUACCAGGGCAGAAGAUCCUCGCGAGUUUGACAAAGAGGAAAUUGUAAGUGUGUAUGAGCUAGAGGGACAUCCAGAUUAUGAUUACUCCUAUGGGGAUGUGGUUGUUCGAUUAGCCCCAGUUUCAGUAUCUGCACGAGUUACCUCUGACGGAGAGUCUGUUGGAGAACUAAAGCGGAAAGCUGCACCAAAUGAUACUGUAAAUGUGAAAAAACGCUCAGGAAGUAAGAAAGAAGAUGAUGAAUCCACUGGUGAAGCUUGUAUGGAUUUCUCAGAUCUCUCUUGGGUUGGAAAUAUAACUGGUCUGAGAAAUGGGGAUAUUGAGGUCACGUGGGCUGAUGGGAUGGUUUCAACGGUUGGACCUCAAGCAAUCUUUGUUGUUGGUCGAGAUGAUGAUGAUGAUGACUCAAUUGCAGCUGGGAGUGAAUUAAGUGAUGAUGCAGCUAGUUGGGAAACAGUUGAUGAUGAUGAGAUGGAUGCCCUUGAGAAUGUUCAAGAGGAAGUUGGGCUACGAAAUGCUGCUGAUGUGAACUCUGAGGCAGAAGAGACUGUGGGGAAUAAUAAUUCUGGAAGAAAUCCAGCACUUUCUCUCCCUUUGGCUGCACUUGGCUUUGUUACAAGACUGGCCACUGGAAUCUUCUCAAGAGGACGAAAAAAUGUAGAUUCAGAUUUUUCUGAAUCCAGGGGUGAAAAUGGACUUCAGACAGAUGGAGUAAAGAAUAUUUCUGAGGGAAGGGAUUCUGCUUAUGAGACAAACGCUCAGAAAUUUAAUGUCCUAGAUAAUGGGGGUGUGCAAAGUAGUCAUGGUAAAGUAGAGGAACAGGCUGUUGUGGGCUUGGAGGUGCCAAUAUCAUCAGAUGCAGCAGAAACUUUAUGCAAUUUGAGCACAGAUAAAUCAGAUCCUCCAACAUGUUUUGAGGAUGACACUUGCAGUUUCAAACGCUUUGAUAUAGCUAAAGAUCCUCUGGACCAUUAUUUUCUUGGUUCAACUGCACAGAUUAACAAUGGAAGGAAGUGGCUCAAGAAGGUUCAGCAAGAUUGGAACAUUCUUCAGAACAACUUGCCUGAUGGGAUCUAUGUACGAGUUUAUGAAGAUCGAAUGGAUCUCUUAAGGGCAGUAAUUGUUGGGGCAUAUGGAACGCCCUAUCAAGAUGGACUAUUCUUUUUUGAUUUUCACCUUCCACCAGAGUAUCCAGAUGUGCCACUGUCAGCAUAUUACCAUUCUGGUGGUUGGCGAAUAAAUCCGAAUUUGUAUGAGGAGGGCAAGGUGUGCCUUAGCCUUUUAAAUACCUGGACUGGCAGAGGCAAUGAAGUUUGGGAUCCAAAUUCUUCUAGCAUCCUUCAAGUUCUAGUUUCACUUCAGGGUUUAGUGCUAAAUUCUAAGCCAUAUUUUAAUGAAGCUGGAUAUGAUAAACAAAUUGGGACAGCCGAAGGAGAGAAGAAUUCACUGUCGUAUAAUGAAAACACAUUUUUACUAAGUUGCAAAACAAUGAUGCAUCUUAUGCGAAAGCCCCCCAAGGAUUUUGAGGGCCUGGUCAAAGAGCAUUUCAAGAAACGUGGUUACUACAUUCUCAAGGCCUGUGAUGCAUACAUGAAAGGCAGUUUAAUAGGUUCUCUUACCAAAGAUGCCUCUAUAAGCAACAAUGACAAUUCCAAUUUAACUUCAGUUGGUUUCAAGCUAAUGUUAGCUAAGAUUGUGCCAAAGCUGUACAUGGCAUUGAGUGAAGUUGGAGCUGAUUGUCAUAAUUUUAACCAUCUGCUAAAAUCAUAAAAAGUUUGAUAAGCCAAUCUUCCAACAUAAAAAUCAAUCCAACAAGGUCAGUCAUUAUUUUUUUGUUCCGUUAACUUCCAACUACCAGAUGCUUGUAAAUGUAAAGGUUUUUGUUGUCUGAUUGUCUCCUUUUUGUGAGUAGGGGGAGACAUUCUUUUGUCCUGCUUAAAGCCUCAUUAAUUUUAGAAUCUGGGGUUUCUUGGCUAAUUUUCUCGUUAUCCUCCAUUCUCAUAAAGAUCAUUUUGUCAUCUAACACAACAGAUUGGAAUUCCUUUCUUCUUUCCCUCGGGAAUUUGGCUGCUAACUUUUAUACUGUUUUUUGGUACUCCCUCUGGGAUCUGGAAGACAGACAGGAUUUUGGAUUGAUUGCUCUAGUUGUCAUUUUGUUGGAAAAAUAUAAAUGAAGAGCAUUCUUCAAAUUUCUCGCAUUUUGUUGUAUUUUCACAAACAUUCAAAUUAGAAUAUUUAAAACUAUUUUCUGUGUUCUUAAA